AUGUAUAUUAUCUGCUCUUCAUUAACAGAUAUUAUCCCAAGUGCCAACCGCGGGAUUGGGCUUGGAUUAUCCCAAAAAUUCUAUGAAGAAGGUUGGCUGAAACGAUGGGCCACAAAUAUUUUUGAAAUUGGCUAUCGUGUCGAAGCUUCAAUUUCAGGAGCCGCUGAACAGUACGGACCUGGCCCACUUGACUGCCUUGUUAAUUGUGCUGGUGAGAAUAUAUCAAUAUUUCCCUUCACACAGGCGAUGUUCAUGACAUAUGAAAGCUCGCUUCUCACUGAAUGGUUUCAGAUAAUGGUUAUUGGGCCUUAUCUAGCUACAAAAUACUUUCAAAAAAGCCUCGAGGCGAGCUCCGCUGGUAAAAUCGUCAACAUCUCCUCCAUUCUCGGUUCCAUAAGUUGUAAGACCCAUGACCUUGGAGUGGUUGUAUUGACUGAGCUAACAGAAGCAGUAACUAGUACCGGCGAGAAGUUCGGCUAUAGGUUGGUAAAGGCCACUCUGAACCAACAAACACGUAUAAUUGCCAUGGUUUUCAAAGAAGACGAAAUUAAUAUUACUAUGAUGUCAAUUCAUCCAGGCCCUGUUCCAACUCUCCUUUCUAGAUUGCAGGAAAGAAUUUCGAUUGAUAUGCAACUUUCUUCAGAAGUUUGGUUUGUUCUGUGA